AUGUUCUUCUUGUUAAAUCAACUCAAUGUCUCCGUUAUUUGUUUUCUGACAGAAUUUCUGCAGAAACAACGACACAAAGUGGAUGUCACCCUGGACGCUGACACAGCCCACCCCAGAUUGGAAAUCUCUGAUGAUGGGAAAAGUGUGAAAGAUACUGGCACCAUUAGAAAUGUUCCUAGCAAGGAGAAGAGAUUUGAUUCUCACACGUUUGUGCUGGCAAAGAAAGGAUACACAUGUGGGAGACACUACUGGGAAGUAGAUGUUGGCAAGAGAAGAAGCUGGGUCUUAGGUAUUGUCCGGGAAUCUGUGACUCGCAAAGGGACAUUGACUCCAUCCCCUAAGAAUGGCUUCUGGGCCAUAGGACUUGCAGCUGGGCGAGACUAUUGGGCCUACACAGAUCCUUGGACUCGUGUGAGUGUGAGUGGAAAGCUGCAGAAGAUUGGGAUCUUUCUGGACAUCUCAACCAGGAAGAUAUCCUUCUACUAUGUCCAUAAGAAAACAGCUCUGUACACUUUCAGCUUGGGAGGUGACAGCAGCCAGGAAGAGAAGUUUUUUCCCUUCUUCUCAACAGGUCCUUCUGCUGCAGAGACUGAUGAUGAGCCUCUGAGAAUAGCACGGGACUUUGAAGAUGAUGGUGAUGAGUGA